CGCGUAUCAAGUUUUAAGUAGACCAAGAUUUCUACGUAACCAGAUAUGUCCAUAAUUUAAAGUUUCCCCUAAAUGCCUUGGUAUAGCUGAUGGUAAGUGUCCGUUUUUUAUAUCAAGUUGUUCUCACAUGGCCGCGAGAUUACAAUCUUUUCUAGGAAAUUUCAGUUCACUCCCUUCUCAUAGCAGGAGUAUUUUUUUAGAGUGACAUUGAAAAGUGAAUGUCCGGCACUUCAAACCAGAUUAUUGAAUAUGAAGGAUCUAUUCACACGAGUUAGAAAGCUCUGAUUUUCGAAUUAACCGUGUACAUGGGCUCCAGAAUCCUGAGAGAACGAAUGGCGUUUGAAACUAAUUUGAUCACCUAGUACAAUGGAAUUCUAACUUAUGGGGUUGCUCCAAUAUACAUUAAAAAGUACAUAAACAAAGUGUUAUUCAGUAGUAAUCAUUUCUAUCAACUGAUUGAAAUGUACAUGAAAAACUAUUUAUGUAUUCAGCUGGGCGUAGCAGCAGUAGUGAUAUAGAGUAUCAGUUAGUAAACAUGUAAGUAAAAUGUUUUAAGAUUAGAAAUAAGUGUUGUGUACCAGAAGGAAUCUGUUAUCAGUCUCACUAUUCUUUUAUUUUACACUAAAUUAAUUUUUUAAAUACAGUUUUGUUUUUAUUGUUACCAUUAUUAAAUAAGGUUUCUUUUAUUAUAUCUUUCCUAUAACUUCCUCUUUUUUUCUUUUUAUAUCUAAAUAGUUUUCUUUGUUCUAUUUAUCAAUAAGUAAUAAUACGUAACCACCAGUUCUUAUGUUAACCUUCUUGUUACUACGGUAACUCGAUGUAACAAUAUCUUUUAAUCAAUGUCAUACGACUUUGGAUUAUGCAGAUAGUUUAUUCACAUUAGAUGCAUGUGUGUCACGUUUAGAACGUUGGCUGACACAAUCAAGUCAACCAUCAGUGAAUAAAGAACAAACUAUUGAUCAAUUACAUCGUAGAUCUAAUAACAUCAUGUUAGAUGACACUGAUAAUAAUGAUAAUGAAACGUCAAAAGAUAUUAAUAAUGAUGAUGAUGAAAAUGAAUUAGAUAUAUGGCCGCCUGAAUUCUAUGCUGAUUGUUCUCUUCAUGAAGAUAUUGGACAACGUAUGGAUCGAAUUGCUAAUGAAUACAUUAAACUUCAAUUUUUCAAUAAAAAGUGUCGUGGUCAUCCAAUUUUAAAUUCGUUAAAACCACGUAUUAAUUGGAUUACAAUAAAUCUUCAAGAACAAUUAGAAAUACGUUUAAAGGAGAGUUUUAAUGCAUGUUGUUUAACAGUAAUUAGUACAAAUAUUGAUUGUACAAUACCUAAACAUUCUAUUGAACAAUUAAGACGAGUUAUUUCUAUAUAUUUGGCUAUUGAUAAAUUAUCCGAUUUAUUGAUACUAUAUCGUAAAUUUGUACUUCAUGAUCAACUUAGUCAGAUAUUUACUCCUCGACCGGAAUUGACUCAUGCAGGUUCUGACACUGCAGUAGCUGCUGAGACUUUGAACUCGAUGUACACCAGAGCACUGAAAGUUCUUGAUUCACAGAUUUAUUAUGUGAAAGAACAGAUCAUUAAAUGCUCACCUGAAGGCUCUGAACCUUUAUCGGAUUUCGAUUGUUUAGUUGGUGGAUUUUUGCCUGAAACAAUUGAUCUUAUCUGUAAUAAUCUACCGGAAAUAUUUUCUCCAGGUCAUCCAGACAAAUUUUAUUCAUUAUAUACUGUUAGCAUGAAUUUUAUUGAAAUGGUUGAAACAAAAACCUGGUCAACUAAACAACUUGUCAAUUUACGCAAUCAUCCAUCUUAUUCAAUGUUUAUAAAUAAAUGGAGUUUACCAGUUUACUUUCAAAUCAGGUUCCAAGAAAUAGCUGCAAAUGUUGAAAAUGCUAUGAAGAAAGGUCUGAUAGAGAUUAAAGAAAGUCAAAAAUCUUGUUUAAUUGAAGUUACCGAAGUAGUUAUCUGUCAAUUGAAUCGUUGUUGGGAAAAAGGAAUUUAUUUAGAUAAGUUGAUCCAUAGAUUUUGGAAAUUAACUCUACAAAUAUUAAGCCGUUAUUCAAGUUUUAUUGAUGAACAAAUAAAGUCUGUCCAAGCGAAUAGCGCUACUGCAAGUCAAUCGUCUGAUUCACUUUUACUGACAAAAUCAACUGAUUACUUUCCUGAAUUGUUAAUAUACUUUUUUGUCGAUUGUCUUCGAUUGGUUGAUUAUGUUCGCUUAGAAUUGAAGGGGGAAAUUUUCACUCGUCUCAACCAACGCCUAGUAACACAAACAAUGAACAACGAUAGUAAUGAUGACACUGUGAACUAUGAAGCUAUAUUAAGUGAGUGCUUGGAGCAGUCAUGUGAACGCUUAAUUGCAUCUAUCAAUUCAAUAAUGGAUCUUAUCAUUCAAAAAAUUCAACAAAAUUGUUCAAAUAGUAUUCGUCAAGUACUAGACAUACCGCGUCAAUAUCGUUGGACUAAUCGAGAGUUUCCUUCUAAUGCAUCUUCAUAUGUAUCAAAUAUUAUGCAUCCUUUAAUGAAACUCGAUAGUUUAGGAUUACGUUUAUCUCAAUCAGUCCCUAACGCUCAACCAUUUUUAUCUACUUUAAUAAAGAAAUGCAUCACAACCGUUACUCAUGACUAUACAGCUCAACUAUCAGAAGUGUCUACAUCAGUACGAAAAAUGGAAGAUAGUAUACGGCGAUUACGUGAAGUUAGACGUAGUAGUUCACAAAUUUCCAAUCAACCUCAAUCUGUCAAUGGUAGUAGUGGAUUUCACUCAGAUGAUAAAAUUCGUCAUCAAUUGUACUUGGAUGCUAAAGCAUAUAUUGAUGAAGUAAAGAACUUCCGGAGUUUAGAUCAUGAGUAUACAUGUGAGUUGGACGAUUUUAUGGAACAAAUAGACACAACUCGAACGGAACCAAGUGUCUCCAUUAUGAAUAUUAUCCCAGCAGUUAGCCAAGAGUGAUUAACAAAAUUAAAUUGUGAUAACUUUUAUGUACAUUAUAUAAUAUGAGUAUAUGUUACUUGACGACAUUUCUAUGCUUUGUCAAUCAAAUAAACUUUAUCUACAUUGGUCUCCUCGUUUUGUGCUUGAGUAAACCUUUCAUUUGUAGAUACUAACCUUAAG